AUAAAGGAACAGCAGAGAGCAAGUUUUGAGUAACAACACGAUGGCUUGAGUUUGCUCUCACACUGAAAUCUGUUUUUGUGAGUUUAUCUUUCUCAGCAGGAAGCCUGUCAGCGAGGCAAACGUGUCUGUGAGCUUGCCUGUCUCAGCUGGAGACCUGAGCUCUGGAAAAGGCAAGGCCUUAGGAAACGGUCUGACUAAGCAGCUGUGUCCCUGAGAAGGCAAGGCCUUAGGAAACGGUCUGACUAAGCAGCUGUGUCCCUGAGCUUCCAGGGGAGAAUCCUUACUGAGGGACUGGCUCAACAAGGUCAAGACCUGAUGAGGACAUGUCACACAUAGUUUCACAGUUUCAUAGUUUCGGACCAAUCAACGGCAAACUGACCAACCCUGAAGUGGGGGAGGAAGACUCUUCGAAUGCUUUAAAACCUCAGGACUCGAGAGAAGAGACUGGGGUUUUCGGCUUCCCGAGCAACCUUUACAGAGAAUCUUUUUCUCCGUGUGUCUGACGCACUGUAUCACUUUCGGGACCUGUCUCCGGAUUUCUUCUGAAGACGGUAUAAUUUUGGGACCUCAUCUCCAGAUCUCAUUUAAGGACUACUGACUCAUCAAGAAAUGACUUACAAAAUGAAGAAAGAAUAUGCCUUUUGGGCCACUGUGUGUCUGUUGCUUAGCCUUGUUCCCGAGUUUCUUAAUGCUCUGUCUGAGGAAGCUGAUGACACAGAUUCUGAGCUGGGGUCAAUGAAACCGCUACAUACAUUUUGUGCAAUGAAGGCAGAUGAUGGUCCAUGCAAAGCAAUGAUAAGGAGUUAUUUUUUCAAUAUGUAUACUCAUCAAUGUGAAGAAUUUAUAUACGGGGGAUGUGAAGGGAACGAGAACCGAUUUGAUACCCUGGAAGAGUGUAAGAAAACAUGCAUACCAGGUUAUGAGAAGACAGCUGUGAAGGCAGCAUCUGGAGCAGAAAGGCCAGAUUUCUGCUUCUUGGAAGAGGACCCUGGACUCUGCCGAGGUUACAUGAAGAGGUAUCUUUAUAACAACCAGACAAAGCAGUGUGAACGAUUCGUGUACGGUGGCUGCCUGGGCAACCGCAACAACUUUGAAACUUUGGAUGAGUGCAAGAAGAUCUGUGAGAAUCCAGUCCACUCCCCUUCCCCAGUGAAUGAGGUACAGAUGAGUGACUACGUAACUGAUGGAAAUACUGUAACUGAUCGCAGUACUGUAAAUAACAUCGUGGUUCCCCAGUCUCCCAAAGUGCCCAGGCGUCGGGUUACAAAAGAAGAAACAAAUGGUGGUUGGAAGAAUGCUGACUAUACUUACCAAGGCUUUCUGAGUUCCGUCUACAUUCACGUACUCUAUUUUGUCUUUAGGAUUGGAUAGUAUAUUCUGUUACUUGUUGCCGUUGGGCUUAUUUCAUAAUAUUUACAUAGCACUUGAUGCUUUUAUAUUUAUUAUUGAUUAAGUUUUAAUAUUAACAUUCAUAGUUAACAUAAUCUUUUACUAUGUCUAACUGGUAAACUUACAACUAGGAAAGAAAGACCAGUCACAUUGGUUCCGGGUUUUUGUGGGUAGACCUACCUGAUCAUUCUUGGAGAAAAGUUAAUUAUUUUCCAAAUUCUCACAGCCCACCUUGCUUCUAUACAUCAUCUCUUAACAGCUGCCUUGGUACUGUAUCACCUUUAUGAUAUUUUGAAAAAACUCAUCUUUGGUUAGACUUCAACAGCCUACUGCUAACUCAGUCUCCAGCACUUGGUCUUUGAUUGAGAAAGGAGCGCCUAAGCACUGAGCCAGGGCCGUCCUGCUUCAUGCCAGCCUCCAGGGCCAGGGAGAAUGACUAGAUGUAAUAAAGAAGACCCUGUGGCCACUUGAAACUCUUUCCUGACUCUAUCUAACAGCUAACCCAGGGCCAAACUCUACACUCACAGAAAACGGUGAGAAAGAAGUAAACACCUGUAAUUAUACACAUAAUCAUUGGCCUUCUGGAAGAGGAGUGAUGUUGGCAGAGGAACUAUUCAAUAAUCAAAUGUCAUCACCGAUGGGUUCAUGUUAGAGAUCUGCAAUAGAAUGCUUUCACCUAUACGUUCUCUUGGAAGAUAUUGAUUACAUGCAGAGGAACUUCGCAAUCAUUUAAGUUUUCUGGGAAGAAAAUAUACCCCACCAACUAAGGAAUUGCACAUUUAAAUGCAUACCCCAAGAAGUCACGAGUGCAGUGGGCACUCAUUUCAUCAACAAGCACAUACAGUUUGAAACAAAUAUGGUGGCCUUCAAAUGUAUUCUCACUGAGAAGCAUAGGAUCUAUCUCACAAUCUACGUAUUCCUGCAUCGUAAAUCUGGUAGCUUCUGCUGACAUUCUGGCAAGUUGGGUUUCCAUAAAUAGACAGCUUUAGCAGAGCUCAUACCAGGCCUUCUACUUCCUGUCAAGAAUGCUGGCAAGAAACAAGAAUGUGGCACUUCCUUUGCCAAAAUCACAGACAGCACCCUACCUACCUAGUAAAUCUCGUCACAGACUAUCUUGAGUCUAGUCAAAGACAAUCGUUGUCCCAGACGGCAGAGCCCUCCAGAGAAACACUCCUCAGACAUCAACAGAUCCUUUUACAAGAGAUGAAAUGGACAACUUCACUCUGUCAGCCAAUUCUUUUAAAUAACAUAUGUACUGAAUAAAAUAAUAGAAAUUUAAGUUUUUGACAAUUAUAAAGCUACAACCAAAACUUAUUUGCAUAUUAAUACAGUACUAAUUUAUACUAUUAGUUUUUUUUUUAAGAUUUCUGUUUCUUAAGAGAGCAGGAAAAUCCAUAUUGGAAUAUGAAUUUUGUAUUGACAACAAGAAGACAGACGAGGGAUAAGACUCAGUUUAGGAAAAUCUAUGAUACUCUAAGUCAUAAUUCCCUGAGGGUCGCUUUUCUCUUUGAAGAUCAGAUGAGCUCUCAGAACUGAGGUGAGAAUUACUCAGUAAGGAGCCCCCAACUCUAACCCUCUCAGCACCACAGGGCUGUGUUCUGACUUUCCAACUGUUUGAAUGCCAGGAGUGUGCUCACUGCUGUGCAUCUGAUCCCAGAAACAAAGGUCCAGGUUUGUGAUUUCUAGAAUGAGGCCAGGUUGAACGUGCCAAUCAAAUGAUCUGGCUUUAGAGGUUGGGAAGCUAUCUGGCUCACCACUAUUGCCCCCACGGCUGGUUUCCAGCCUCCUUAUUAGGUUGUCUGUUUCAUUGAAGUCUCUCCUCUUGUUCAGACUUGAUGAGCAUCAGUCCUUGUGUGUGACAGUGCAUGAGGCACAUUCAGGUCGUUUUGAUUGGAGAUUAAGAGAAGAAGGGAUUUGGAGAUGAGAAAUAAGGAAGUUUCACAAACUUGAUCUGAUCAGCUCUUUGCCCAGUCAGUCUAGCAGGAUUUCUUAUUUAGCUUUGGAGAGAUGUCUCAUACUGGUCAAGAACAUCAGCUUUAUGAAUGGAGUUUGAGCUAAUUCCAGUUCUUUGGUUUCCUGACUGGUUUUGUACCCUUGGGAAAAAAAAAGCAUGCAGUUUCCUUUAGCUUCUAGUUCUUUCUUUGCUACACGUGGAAUACACUAUGUCAUAAAGUAUUUAAAACACUACAGUAGCAUGUAACAUUACCCUCUGGGUUGCCAUUAACAAGAUUAUUGAUUUUAAUAUUUUUGGUGGUGAUGAUGGUAACCCUAACUCACUUUAGGUUUAUAGGCAUAAAAGCUAUUGUGACUGAAAGAUCUUGUUAAUGCAUAUUUGAUUAUAGUCUUAGUACAACUAAUGUUGUAACCUUAGAUUGAGGAAGCUUGAUUCAUUAUAGCUAACAUGCAGUGCUUGCAAAAUUCAAGCAUAAUUAACUAAAUAAAAUUUCAUCUUUUGUGUCUUUUGA